GAGCGGAUCAUGUCAUCCCGACCACAAGUUUAUUUGACCCGAAAGGAAUGUUUCAGUGCGUGUCACCGGUUGCAUAGUCCCUUUCUAAGCGAGGAAGCGAACCGAGAGGUUUACGGCAAAUGUAACAAUCCAAACGGGCACGGACAUAACUAUACCGUGGAGGUCACGGUACGUGGCCCGGUUGAUGCUAAAACGGGCAUGGUGAUGAACAUAACCGAUCUAAAGGAGUACAUGGAGCAAGCAAUAAUGAAAAAGUUGGAUCAUCUUAAUCUCGAUAAAGACGUGCCAUACUUUAAGAAUCUCGCUAGCACUACUGAAAACGUGGCCAUCUUCAUAUGGGACAGUUUAAAGCUAAUCAUGAGCAAGCCGGAGCUACUGUACGAAAUUAAGAUAUACGAGACGGACAAAAAUUCGGUCAUCUAUCGUGGGGAGAAACAUUCUGCUGGGCAUCAUCAUCAUCAUCAGGAGGCGGUAAAACAGUCGCGAGUUACAAACUCAUCCGAAAACUCGUCGAAUCUUUCGUCCGACUCGGACGGUUAG